AUGCCACCGCGCACCACCCCUUCAAACCCCCACCGCCACCCCUCCCUCUCCCACCCCCUGCUGAUCCUCGACGGCGGUCUAGGCACGACCCUAACCGCCCCGCCCUACGCCCAACACUUCAUCUCCGCCACCACCCCGCUCUGGUCCUCACACCUCCUCACCACCCCCUCCGGACCGGACACGUUACUGGCCGCGCACGCGGCCUUCGCGCGCGCCGGCGCGAAUGUCCUGCUGACCGCCACGUACCAGGCGAGCUUUGAGGGGUUUCGACGCACGCCGACCGUGCCACAGGGUGCUGGGAUAGUGGAGGAGGAUGCUGCCCGGUUCAUGCGCGCGGCCGUGAAAGUGGCUAGGGAGGGGUUUCGGGUUGUUGCGCGAAAGGAGGAAGGGGACGGGGAGCGGGAAGAGGAGCACGAGGGCGGAGGGCGGAAGGGUGUCGUGGCGCUGAGUCUCGGCGCGUACGGCGCGACAUUGCUGCCGAGCGCGGAGUAUAGUGGGGAGUAUCCCGAGGGGAUGAGGGGUGAGGAGGCGCUGGGGGAGUGGCAUUGGAGAAGACUGCAGGUUUUCUUUGACGAGGGGGUUUGGAGAGAGGUGGAUGUGGUGGCGUUCGAGACGCUGCCGAGGUUAGAAGAGAUUAGAGGGGUCAGGGCGGCGAUGAGGGCGGUUGAGGAGUGCGGCGUUAGCGAGAAGCCUUUUUGGAUUAGUUGUGUGUUUCCUGGAGAGGGUGGGAAUGAGGCGCAAGAGGGACAUCGGUUGCCUGAUGGGAGCACGGUAAGGGAAGUGGUGGAUGCAAUGUUGGGCGGGGAUGAGGCUCGACCUUGGGCUGUGGGCGUCAAUUGCACCAAGAUCUGGAAGGUUAGACGGCUGUUGGAGGAGGUUGAAUGGGCAAUAGCGGAGGGCGGGUAUGAGACGCCCAGACUGGUGCUGUACCCGGAUGGGGCGGGAAAUUUAGUCUAUGAUACUUCAAGACAAGAAUGGCUACCAAGAGACGGAGCUGGGGAGGGUCACGGUGGGAAGGGGAAGGGCUGGGGUGAGGAGAUGGCGGAUAUUGUCAGGGAAACGCAGGAGAGGGGGAAGUGGAAGGGGAUGGUUGUGGGCGGGUGUUGCAUGACAGAGCCGGAGGAGAUCAGGGAGCUCAGUGAGAGAUUGAUUUGA